AUGAUGUGGCGGCUGAUGUGUACAUACCACAUCAUCAUUACUCAUUGCAAUUACCUUUUGGUACAGGGAAAGGUAGGCGAUGCGCGGUCACUUUCCGCGAAAGAUCUGGCAAGCAUGCACCCAAGAGCGGGAUACACAUGUCUCAAUCGCAGUACGCGUGGCAGGCUGUCGUUCGAAGCCGGACCUGAUAAAAUGGGUCCUUUGGCGGGAAAAAAAGGGCUGGUGGGGUACCACGUCGGCACCUUUGGCGGGAAACGGAAGCCAUCCCUCCCGCUUCGGUCCACUCAUCGCAAUUUGCGUAACGCACUUGGCCUCCUCUCCUCUGACAUCCCCUUUCUUUCGGUCAACUGGGGACCGUUGAUCUUGAAUAUCCAACGGACAGAUGGGCGAGGAUCUAUUGGUCUUAAAGUCAGUGGCUCAGUGGAGUGUGCUCCACCUACCAGUGCCCAAAAACUCAAUGGGUAG